CUGAUGGAUGCACAGAACCUGCGAAUCGAGGAGCUCUUGCAGAAGAUCAAGCAGCAGCAGUACAAGCUGGACAAGCAGAAUCUGCAGAUUAAAAGCCUGCAGAGCAAGGUCAAUCUACUGAUCCCCUUACACCUGAAGGACAACAAAACACAGCCUCCAAAGUGGAAGAUAAACCUGAAGAGCCUCAGUCUUGCCAACCAGAGCCAGAAUGCGAGCGGCGAGCCCGUGCCCACACAGAAGCUCCCAGAGGACUGCCACCAGCUCUUCCUGUCUGGGCAGCAGAGCAGUGGCAUUUUCCAGGUGCAGCCUGCAGGGUCUCAGCCCUUCAAAGUCUACUGUGACAUGACUGCAGAGGGAGGCUGGACAGUGAUCCAGCGGCGCACGGACGGCUCUGUGGACUUUGACCAGCUUUGGGAUGCCUACAAGGAUGGCUUUGGAGACCUUCGUGGUGACUUCUGGCUGGGCCUGGAGAAGAUACAUCACCUGGUCCAAGAGGGGAGAUACAAUCUCCUGAUUGAGCUGGAAGACUGGGAGGGAAAUUCCCAAGUGGUUCGGUUUGUCUUCAGCCUUGGUGGUGAGAGCACAGCCUACAUGCUCAACCUGCUGGGACCUCUCUCUGGAGAGCUGGAAAAUGCCAUUGGGGACUUCAGGCAGCUGCCCUUCUCCACUCGGGAUCGUGACCAUGACCUCAAAGCUGACACAAACUGUGCCAAACACCUCUCAGGAGGCUGGUGGUUCAGCACCUGUGGCCACGCCAACCUCAACGGGAAGUAUUUCCGCUCCAUCCCCCGGCAGAGGCACGAGCGCAAGCAGGGCAUCUUCUGGAAGACCUGGAAAGGCAGGUAUUACCCUCUGAAGUCAACCACCAUGAAAAUCCAACCUGCAGCAGUGGAAGCAGAGCCCUAAAGCUGCCACUUGAGACUUGACCUUCUCUGUGGAGCACAGACCUGAGCUCCAUCUCCUGGUGUUUACAGAAGCCAAA